GUGGCGGCCGCGAAGCGGCACACCGCGGACGGCGCGGACGCGCUUCCGAAACACGAUCGAUAUGACGAUCUAUGAGUACAUCGAUCGAUAAACGACGCGAGUGGUCUUGUGAUCUAGCGGUGUGCUAUGUGAUUUUAAUCAAGUGCCGGUCGAAACUUUACCAUCUUAAAAGUAAUUAAACGUGGAAUGCUCGGCCAUGCUAGCCAUGGCUGACUAGUCAUUACAUGUGUUUGUGGUGGUGAAGUGAAAAGUGAUCAAAAUGAUGCAAGGAUUGCUCGAUUCGCUGUACAAGAUCUAUACAGAUUGGCGCGCACCAAUGGCCGACGAGGAGGCUCGGGCGCGGCGCGCGCCCGCGCCGCCGCCGCGGCAGCCCGCGCGGCCGCCGGACCCGCGCCCGCGUACCCUCUCCCCCGACUCCCCUGCCAACCUCCCCGCUCCCCCGCGCCUCAUCAGACCCUCCGAACACCUGGCGUUGGUUGAGUGGUCUGAGCGGAGGCCGCAUCCUCUGUGCCCGACCGUGAUCAUCCAAGGUCCGAGACCUGCUGUUCCGCCGCGCCCUCCUGUGCAUAGGCACGUCGCACCCCCGCAGCCGAGGAUGCCUGCACCAGUGCCUCAAGGUCAUGCCGGCCAGCAGGUCAUGAGGAUGCCGCAGCAAAGGAGAGAUAUUCAGCCCCCACCGGUCUCGCACCCCCCGCUGGCCCUGCCUGCGUCCACGUCUGCGUCCGUGCCGCCCGCCUCGCUCGCCGCUGCGCCGCGCACCAUCGUCAUCCAGCGCCCCGACGCCCGCCACGGCUUCGGGUUCACCUUGCGGCACCUGGUCGUCUACCCGCCGGAUUCACUGCAGGAGUUGUACGAGGAUGCGCGCCACCUCGCGGUGGGCGCGGUCGGCGCUCCCAUGGACACGAUCUUCGUAAGGUCCGUGCGGCCGGGCGGGCCAGCGGCCGCGGCAGGGCUGCGCGCGGGCGACCGCGUGCUGGCCGUCAACGGGGAGCCGGUGGCCUGCGGCCGCAGCCGCGCGCCGUAUGCGAGGGUCGUCCAGCUGGCGCAGCGGGAGCCCUUCUCGCUCAAGCUGACGGUUGUGCCGAGAGACCACGAUCUGUUGCAACGGUAUUUCAGCGAAGCCGCCUACAACCCUGAAUCGAACCAGCGGCACAUUGAAAUGCCGGCGCCGAUAACCGAGCACGAGUCGCGCCUGUUCGACGCGUACCGGAGGCCGAGGGCCGCGCUGCCGGCCCCGCAGGUGCCGCGGCGGGAGGACCCGGAGUACGCGAGCGUGGCGUCGCUGACACCCUCGCGGUAUGACGUGCCGCGGCUACCCACUACACCCCACCAUUUGUUGCAUGAUAGUAGAAGAGAAUCAGACACAUCGCUACCAUCAUCGGCCACAGAAAGCAAAGACAGCCUUGGCUCCUUCGACUCGAACUCAACCCUAACCGGCAGAGAACUAGACGACUCGAUUAUCCUAUCCCGAAUACGAAAGAGUCUCGAACAGAAAGAGGCUUUCCUCAGACGACCGAGCCAACCCACCGGUUGGGUCACCCCCGACGUCCCACCGCCCAUAAAACAAAAAGAGUUCUACGCGAGGCCACAGAAGCUACAGAAACCAGCGUGGCCUCCCCCUUCUUCUCCGCCUCUCGCGGCAUCUCCCCCACCCUCGUUACCCCAACAAGAAAUUAAAAGAGAUGAUUGCUCAGCGAGCGUUGACAGCGGAACGUACAGUGGGUACGGGGAAGUUAACGGAACUCCAAACGACAAACAGAGACUAAAACAGGACAAAAGUCAAUUUGUGGCCACACUAUCGAAGAUACAGGAGUCGAUGCCAAGCAAUAAUGGGUCGAUGAAUAAUGGAUUUUCUCCUGAGUAUCAGGAGGCGGCAUCGACGAGUAAUCAGGAUAGCAGAUAUCCAGUGCCUGAGCUCCAGCUAGUGACGGCUCGGACGAGGCAGCUCGAGGAGGCUCGAGGAGGCGGCGAGCGGCGCACGGAGGUCGCUCGUAGCGAGCUGGCUCGUAUGUCCACGACGCGGCUCGAGCCCAGCGUGGCGCUGCGGAGGAAAGAGUUCGAGACCAGGACGUCCAGGAGAGAAGCCAGGUCGCUCGAUGUACAACCUCAGCAAGAUUUAGAGCAUGAAUUAGCACUCGGCGGCAGCUUGUCAGGAAACCAGUUGAUGAUCACCGGCGGUAAAUACCUACAUUGUCCGCCACCUGAAAAAUAUGUUCCCGAAACAGAAAAGGUUCAAAUGCGAACAAGGUCAAACAGUACAGGCAGUGAAGGAUUACCUAUUAGAAGACAUCAUGCCACAGAUGGCAGUCACGCGAAGAGACGUAUGGGGCUGAACAGGGAGCAAAUGGAGGCCAUGAACCGGGUGUCUCUGCCCGGCGCGGGCGCGGCCGUGCGGCCCACGCAGCUGAGCCUGGCGCCGCCCUCGGCCGCCAGCUCGGCCGCCACGUCGCCGGCCGAGCCCUCGCCCACGCCCAGCACGCCCGCCGACUCAGGUUUUGCUGACGACUUGGUGACACGGAGACAGAAGAAAGAUGCUCAACUUGGUGCAGAGGAGGAGCGCGCGAUGCGUCGCGUGUCCUACCUGAAAGCCACGUGGGGAGACCGGCUCCACCUGGACAGCGAUCCGGAGCCCGACGCCGACCAUCACGCUUUGAGAAGUGUAUACCGCAAGUGGCGCCCUCCUCGGUUCACGGAAGACAUUACGCCGCUGCUGCGCAUAUUCGACCCCCACGCGUCGCUCCCAAUGCGCCCUGAGAAUAAGGGGGAGGGAACAAGCGAGAGCGCUGUGGAGGCGAUCGAAGGAGACGUGCAAGGGAAUGUGCAGAUCAAGAUGGUAGUCAGCAAUGGGAAGCGUGCGAGCGACCGAUCAUGGAAACAGGAGUGGGCGGUGCUGCACGGGACCAAGCUGCAUCUCUACAGACAUCAUCCUAGCCAGAGCCCUGGCGCAGUGAGCGGAUCCACACCGGGCGCGGAAAGCUCGCGCGACACACUCGACAUGCGGUACUCUCUGGCGGCGUUAGCCGAUGAUUACACAAAGAGAAAACACGUCGUGCGCGUCACCACUGCCGCCGGCGCUGAGCUGCUGCUACAGGCGGAGGGACCAGAAGACGCCCAGCGCUGGCUGGCGGCGCUUCGCCGGCACUCGGCCGAGCCGCCGCCCGCGGAGACCGCGCCCGCACUGCCCGACUGCCCCUCGCCGCUGCCGCCGCAGCGCAGCAAGAAGAUCGGCCGCAACAGGUCGCCCACGGGACCGCCGACGCCAACCCUUCCAUCAUCGCCGAAGAAUAAAACAUGGAAGGGCCGCAUGGCGAAGCAGCUCCGUCGCAUGCACGGCGGCGGCGCCGCGACCGUGCCCGCGCCGACUUCAGGGUGGCUCGGCGCGCCGCUCGAGCGCUGCCCCACCGACCCGGAGCACCCGCUGGUGCCGAGAGCGGUCACGCUGCCAGCACAUGCUGUGGAGGCUUGUGGUCUCCGCACAGUAGGCGUGUACCGCGUGCCGGGCAACGCGGCCGGCGUGGCGGCGCUUGCGGCCGCGCUGGACCGCGGCGAGCCUCCGCCGGAGGGCGACCCGCGGUGGGCGGAUGUGCACGUCGCCUCCAGUCUGCUCAAGGCUUAUCUGAGGCGGCUGCCUGAUCCGCUGCUCACGGCUGACAUGUAUCCCGCUUUUAUUGCGGCCGAUCGCUCACCUGAGAGAGCUCGGGAGUUACGCCGUUUAGUCCAAGCUCUGCCCGAGGCUCACUACGAAACACUCAAGUACCUGAUCGAACAUUUGCGUCGCGUCGUCGCGCACUCGUCAUAUAACAAGAUGGAAGCGCGAAACUUGGCCAUCGUGUUUGGACCAACGUUGGUGCGCGGCGCCAGCGACGACAUGCUCGCGAUGGUCAAUGACAUGUCCAGUCAGUGCCGCAUCAUCGAGUCUUUUCUGUCUCACUAUGACUGGUAUUUCGAAGAGGAGGAAGGCGAGCCCCCAGUGGAACCCCCGACGACGGCGGAGGAGCUGUCUCCGGCCCCCGCACCCUCCCGGGACCUCCUCAUCCACAACGUCAAGAAGAUCGAAGGAAAAGACGUGUCGACUCGCGACAUCGUAUCCUCGAUCAUCUCCGCGGCGAACCGCAAGAUCCAGCGCAAGCCGCGGUCGAAGCCGUCGUCGGAGAGCAAGAAGUGGGCGGAGGCCGAGAAGCGGCCCGAGGCGUCGCCGGGCGCCUCGCCGCCCAACUCCCCGCUCACGUCGCCGCCCGCGCACCUCACCACCUCCCUCGCCGACUACGACGGCCUGCCGCAUAGGUUCAACCAGGGAGGCAACAAAGUGGAGAUGGAGUCCAUAUCAGUGUUGGGCCGCGGUCGCCAAGAGCUCUCGCGGCACACACACACACUACAGAGCUUCUCCAUCGAUGGAACCGGAGAUUUGGUGUCGUCUCUGACGAGCACGUUCGACCAGAAGCUGCGCACGCUGAACAACUCGUCGCCGCUGGACGACGGCAGCAUCCCGUACGCGGACGAGCCCGAGCCGGACGAGCUCGAGCCCUCGGGCAAGUCCUCGUCGAGCUCCCCGUCCGAGCACAGCGAGCGCGAGGAGCGCGUCUCCCCCGCCGCGCGUGCGCAGGAGCUCAAGGCCGCGUGGCUCGCGAGGGACCUGCGCCACUCCUCCUCCUCCAGCGACGAGCCCGACGCGCGCUGGCCGCUCCCCCGCACCCCGCACGCGCGUGUUCCCACCCCGCCCACCCAGGACGACGACGACUCGGAGAAGGAGAACUGCAUCAUUCCAAAAAAGAACGACGAGGCCCGCAGCACCGAGGACGAGAAGGACGUCGACACCCGCUCGCAGGUAUCCGAAACGAUGCCCGACAACGACAAGACCAUCGAUCGGCUGCUCUACCCUUCCGCUUACAAAAACGGUCUGCGUCUGUCUAACCCGGAGUGCGUGAAGCGCAACAGCGCCGCGCUCGAAAACGACAGCGAAAAAGACGUAGAUUGCUCCAAACUGAAACGAUCCGAGUCUCUGAACAGGGAUCCGGAGCGGAGCGAGGCGCGCGUGCUGCGCUCCGAGAGCCUCAACUGCCGCGUGGAGUCGCGCCUGCAGCGCUCCGAAUCGCUCAACAAGGGCGAGCGGCUCAGCAAGCUCGAGAAGGGCGAGUGGAACAUCGUGAGGAGGCGCGAGGGCGCGUGGCGCUCGACCAAGCUGAAGCGCAAGAACGGCAUGCCGGAGCGCGGCAUCAAGCGGCGCCACACCGUGGGCGGGACCAAGGACUUCGACAAGGACGGCUGGAGUGCGCGCCACACGCGCACGUCGUCGCCGGACCUGAGCGCGCCGCUCGUGCCGCCGCCGCGGCCGCCGCUCGAGAGCCACGUCUGACACGACCACUACCGCGAGGCGCACUCCUUGUAAAGGACCGCCGACUGCCCAGUGCCCAGUGCCCACUGCCCACUGCCGGCCAGGCCGCGCCCGACGACUGAUCGCCGCGUGUCGUUGUCAUCGAAGCUGCGGACUUUCGCAGGUCGAAAUCGUUUUCGGGAACUGCAUCGGUUGUAAAUGUUUUGUGGCGCACUGGCGUUUUCGGUAAAUACAGAAGUGAUGCCCCCGGCCGCGCUCGGCGCCGGCGGGGGACGGGUUUCGACAAAAACAUUAGCCGUUUCUAGAUAUUUAGUCAUUAAUGGACUGAAGUAUCGCAUGAUGAAUGGGCUUCGAAGUACAUCGUUUCUUCGCUAACUGGACUCUACUAUGGGUGCCUAGUGUUCGGGUGGUGCUGUUUAUUUUAUACCUAAGUAGUUUUUUUUUCUAAUGAAGUGGGUGAAUCAAAAAUUUGGGUACCGGAAAUCAAGAAAAUAUAUGUUUUAAAAUCUGAUUACAUGCAGUACCUACCAUAUUUAUAUCUUCGACUAACAGGAACUUUCGCAUCGAGAGAGGCUAUUAUUUUGAUUCGACUCAAUUGACUGAAUAGAUUAGGUCACAAAAAUAUCUAAUUAUAUAUAUUAUAGUAUGAAAUAAAAAACUAAUACUCAAAAGUCAUUUACAUUAUAUUAUAUCGAAAAAUCAUACAUAAGUAAUAAAAAUAUUCGAAACUUAUAUUGAAGUAACAAAGACAUAAGUUAAUAUUGUAUAUGAGAUAUAGGACAACGUAUUACUCAUUGAAAAAAAAAGUACAGUGCAAUACAAUUUAGGUACUUGAAUAGUAAAAAUGUUUAAGGAAAGAAACAAAUGAAGGCGAAUGCCGCAACAAACAGCCGCCCUUUAACGAUCAAGAACCAAACAAAGUAAACGGGGUUCUUAAUCACCAAAGGACAGCUAGCAGCGGCGGGCAUUGGGGCAGUGCCGUGCUUGGUUUGAUGGAGUGUAACAUUUGUUGCUCCGAACGUAGCUUAUAAAAUUAUGGUGCGGACUACUAACGUGGCACUGCCCCAAUAGAGAACUUAAGCUCACUAAAUAAUGCCAAAGAAUGAUAAGGAAAUCGUCAAUUUUGAGAAUGCGAGGAGCAUACUAGAGUGAAGGCGCGAUUCUGAAAGGAAUGGAAGGAAUAUGUAUCAACGAACUACUGAGUUACGCACCAUAUCGAGGCAAAACGCACUGUACCUUGUAGCGUCGCUGCGCCCCCGACAUACAACUCCCUGUGUAGGUUUAGAACUACUCUGUACGGAGUUGUGUGGGGCGCUUGCAGACGCCGUGAUAGUGCUAACGAGCAUAAUACAACUAAUAUUAGUGCUAGUAGUAGAUAGUACAUACAUACAAUGAAUGUUAAUUAGAUACUACGCCCAGGCGUACGUUAGUUUAAGUAUAUGUGCCCGAUCGGGUGAACAUGUGACCAGGCUACUAUAACACCACGUAACUUUAAGCAUUAUCGGUAAGAAUUACAUAAUAGGUACUCGUCGAGUUAUAUUGAUAGCGAUUAUUGGAAGGAAUUAUAAAAAUAAAUAAAAGCAUACAUCACCUACUUGCCUUUGCAAUAGUUUUAGCGGAUUUGACUUAAUAUGCACAAUUCUCAGAUUAAAAUAGAUUAUUUUUAAUAAAGUUACCUAGUAGACUCGUCUCCUCUGUAAUGAAAUUAUGUACCUAAUCAAAUAUUUUAGAUGACAUGGAUAAAUUGUAAAACUUUGACUUAGUUUUUAAAUAUUACAAAGUGCGACUUGUAUUGUAAAUAGUGUAUGCAUUGUGCGUUGUGCGUCUCCCUGAUCACGGGUUGCAGUUUGCAGUGGCCGCCACGGCAGACCGCGCUAGUACGGGAUGGGAGAUGGGAGACGCGGUACGUUUACGUAGUACGUAUGACAGUAACCGGGCCGCGCGGCCCGCCCGUAUCGACUAACCGACGUAACACUCCUACAGUGAUAAUAAUAAAAGUGAUUCUCUAGCUUUGUAUAAAUUGUACAUUUCUUUUUAUGAUUAAUUUAUAUUAAAUUUGUUAUCGUAGCUUUGUUGAAUGCAAUUAUUUUUUAUUGUUUUGUUUAUCAAAGAGAAGUAUUUUAGGCUAAAUUCGAUUGUUAUUUAUUUGCGAAAGCUGUAAAACGUGAUUUGGCACAAUUUCUUUUAAAAUUGUAAUUAUAUUUUGUAAAUAAUACAUCGGCAAAAUGAUGUUUUAGACUUUCGUUCAUUAACUAUUUUGAAAAUUUUAUACCAUCUUUACGUUAAGGCGAUCUCAAGUUUGUUGAAUGUUUGCAAAGCGUUCCUUUAAAGUUUUAUUUGUAAAUAUAUCUUUUAAUGUAGGAACAGUGAAUUUACUAAUUGUAACUGCAUCAUAUUGUAAGUACAGAUGUAAUGGCGGUAGGGGCGAGUCGGGGCGGCCCGGAUCGGACCGGACCGGUCGGACGGCGCCGCCCGGCGGUCCCGCCUGCUCGUUAGGUACAUACAUAUAAAAGACAUGUCUCGCUCGAGUGUUUGCUUGCAAGAGAAUUUUAUUCAAGUAAUCUAAUUCAUGUCCUUCGUGUAAUCAGCUAUGAAAUUCAAAUAAACACCGUAAGACAUUUUGCAAACGUGGUCUGAUUCACGUUACAAUAUUCAUUGUCAUUGUGUAUAUUUUGGAGCAAUGGAAUAGAAUAAAAUACUGAAUCAAUUUAGAA